CUACGACGAAGGCAGCAUAAUGGUGAAGGUGGGUCGGGAGGAGCCGGCCAUCUCGAUGGACGUGAACGGCGAGAAGAUUGUGUGGCGCGCACUCGAGAUACAGCAGGUCAACCUCAAGGCCAUGCCGGAGGCGUCGAACAAAGAUGGCGAACGACUGCCGGUCGCCGUCAAGGAUAUGGGCAGCUGUGAAAUAUAUCCGCAGACCAUCGCUCAUAAUCCCAACGGCAGAUUCCUAGUCGUUUGUGGAGACGGAGAGUACAUUAUUCACACAUCAAUGGUGCUAAGAAAUAAGGCGUUUGGAUCGGCCCAAGAGUUCAUUUGGGGACAGGACUCGUCCGAGUAUGCUAUCAGAGAAGGAACAUCCACUGUCAAAGUAUUCAAAAACUUCAAAGAAAAGAAAUCAUUCAAGCCAGAAUUUGGUGCUGAGAGCAUAUUCGGCGGCUACCUGCUGGGAGUUUGCUCGUUGUCUGGACUAGCACUGUACGACUGGGAGACCCUGGAGCUGGUGCGUCGCAUCGAGAUCCAGCCGAAGCACGUGUUACUGGUCGGAGAGUGGGAGCUGGUGGCGCUGGCCACUGAUGACUCCUACUUCGUGCUCCGUUACGACGCACAGGCCGUGCUCGGCCGCGACGCCGGUGAUGACGCUGUCACGCCGGACGGCGUCGAGGAUGCGUUUGAGGUAACUGGUGAAGUGCACGAAACAGUAAAAACUGGAUUGUGGGUGGGCGACUGUUUCAUCUACACCAACAGCGUAAACAGAAUCAACUACUACGUUGGAGGAGAGAUAGUCACCGUUUCUCAUCUCGACAGAACAAUGUAUCUGUUGGGAUACGUCGCUAAAGAUAACCGACUGUACCUAGGAGAUAAAGAACUAAAUAUCGUAUCUUAUAGUUUACUGUUGUCAGUAUUAGAAUACCAGACUGCUGUUAUGAGGUCUGAUUUUGAGACAGCCGAUAGAGUAUUGCCCACCGUACCAGCUCAGUACAGGACUAGAGUUGCACACUUCCUCGAAAAACAGGGCUUCAAGCAGCAGGCGCUAGCUGUGUCGACAGACGCCGAGCACCGGUUCGAGCUAGCUCUUCAGCUGGGCGAGCUGGCAGUGGCACUGGGGCUGGCCAAGGAGGCCGCCAGUCAGCAGAAGUGGCGUCAGCUGGCUGAGCUGGCCACUGCCAGGGAGCUCACACUCGCGCAGGAGUGUCUGCACCAGGCGCAGGACUAUGGCGGCCUGUUGCUGUUGGCCACCUCGUCAG